AGACAGCUGUGCAGGUUUCUGUGGCGCAGAGGAUCAUGGGAGAUCAGGUCGGACCUGCCUGCGGCCUCUUUCAUCUCUGUGCCGCCAGUUCCCUCUUCUGGUCGCCAAACCUUCAGCUCCUCUUCAGAACCCACUUCCGGCUCGAUCCUCAGGUGUGAACGGGCUUCAGGACGCGACCAGGUAACAUCCAGACCCCCUGAGUCCAGAACCACUUCAGAACCACUUUCAGAGACUUUCCCUGCGUGUUUGUGUCGCACCUGGAGGACCGGGACACCUGCUGCUCACCUGACGGGGCCAUGUCCGCGAGCCGGUGAGACCCUGCAGGUAGAGACCGAGGACAGAGGGAAUAAGGGACUAAGGGACCGAGGAGUGGACAGAUCACACAGAGGGACUAAGGGACUACACGGGGACUGGAGGAGACAUGGACCUGCUCGAUGCGGGACAGAAGUUCAGUCCGAGACAGGACCUGGACUGGGAUGCUGCCCACCAGUUUCUCCCGGCGGCGGACUCCAAACAUCUGGAGAAGAAGCCGGGCCGCAGGAGGAAGAUGUGGAUCGGGGUCGGGCUGCUGGCGGCGGCGGCGGCGGUGGCUCUGCUGACCGGGCUGCUGGUGUGGCACUACCACUUACGGAGUGACGUCAGAGUGAAGAAGGUUUAUAUUGGCUCAAUGGGGAUCAGUAACCAGCUCUACCUGCCGUCGUAUGAAGACCCCCGCAGCUCUCAGUUUUCAAACCUGGCCUCUCUCGUCAAACAGCAGCUGAAACUGAUCUACUCCAAAAACUCAGUGCUCACCAAAGCCUUCAAAGGGUCCAGCAUCCAGGCCUUCAGUGAGGGGGACGGCGGCGACAACACCGUGGUGGCGUAUUACCAGUCAGAGUUCGACGUCCACAUCUCUCAGCAGGCCUCACUGGACUCGGCCAUUCAGUCUCUGGAGCCGCCGUCAGGGAGUCAGUCGGGCCGACACGGACGCCUGCUGCUCAAACCGGCCGACGCUCUCGACGUGAACAGCGUUGUCUCACGAGCUUUAGAUCCUCGCAUGACGAGGAACUCUCUGUUUGCUAAAAAGGUCUUCGACCUCCACGUCAAGGAGUCGGGCGUGGUCCAGUCUCCGGGGUUCCCGGACUCUUCGUACCCUCCGAACGUCUACCUGCAGUGGAGGCUGAGAGCCGACCCGGAUCACAGAGUCCGCCUCGACUUCCACACGCUGAUCCUGGAGGACGACUGUCGGCAGGACUUCAUCCAAAUCUACGACUCGCUGGCUCCCAUAGCGAGCCGCGUCCUGACAGAACAGUGUGGAUACCCUCACGAGUCCCUGUCCUACCUGUCCUCUGGGAGCGUCAUGCUGCUGACUCUGGUCACCAGCGAGGAGAAGAACUUCCCCGGCUUCAGAGCUAACUUCUCCCAGAUCAGACUGACCGAACAAAAGUGUGGAGGGACUCUGACUGCAGGCAAAGGCUCCUUCUCUACACCUUUCUUCCCCUCCAACUAUCCUCCAAAAACCACCUGCGAGUGGAAAAUCCAGGCUCCGAAGGAAAAGUUUCUGAAGGUUCAGUUCACCAAGUUCUUCCUCGGGAACAACAGCAAGCAGUGCCGGCGGGAUUAUGUGGAGGUCAACGACCAAAGACUGUGCGGCCAUAAGCUCCAAAGCAACGUGAUCACCUCCCAGAGCAACGCCAUGACCGUCAAAUUCGUGUCUGACUCGUCCUUCGUGGAUCAGGGUUUCAUGGCACAGUACGAAGCCUUCGUCCCCACGAACCCUUGUCCGGGAAGGUUCCAGUGCACCAACAACCUGUGCCUCAACAAAACCCUGCAGUGUGACGGCUGGGACGACUGCGGAGACGGCAGCGACGAGGACGGCUGCACCUGUGAGGCGUCUCAGAUCCAAUGUAAGAACAGUCGCUGUAAACCAAAGUUCUGGGAGUGUGACGGCUUUGACGACUGUGGAGACGGCAGCGACGAGGAG